AUGAUUUAUUUGAACUUAAAUAUUAUUUUAAUUCUUGGAAUUCUAUUGAGUUCAUAUGCUUUAUCAUAUGUUCCACCACGUAUUGAAAUGAAACGUCUAUCCAAUGUACCAAUUAUAUCAUCAUGGGAUAAUAAUUCAGAUUUUUUAUAUAAUUAUAAUAGUGCCGUUAUGCCAAUAAUAAAUGAUACAGAUACAAUUGCACUUCUAGUACGUGUACAAAAUUUACGUAAUGGAUCAAAAAGUAUUUAUGAUGUUGGACCAAUCAACAAGAUAUAA